AGCUGAUUAUGAUUGGCUAAAAUAGAAAGAGUAAAGAGUGAAUAAGAAGGUUCAUUUUUGGUUUUCAAAUUAUCCAUCUUUAUUUUUUGUCCUGGAUACUGGAUAGGCCUUUAUCUUUCAUUCUUGGGGUUUCGCAUCUCUUCCACUAAUUUAUUUGAGAUGGAAUUCCAUUGAGAAUAUUCGUCUCUUCUUUCUUUCGUUCUCAAUUCCCAUCCCAUAUUCCCCAUGGCAGCUUCUUUUUGCGGCAGCCGGAGAUACGAUGUUUUCCCGAGCUUCAGUAAGGUAGAUGUCCGCAGGUCAUUCCUCGCGCAUCUUCUCAAGGAGCUCGACCGCAGAUUAAUCAAUACGUUCACAGAUCAUGGUAUGGAGAGAAACCUCCCAAUCGACGCUGAACUUUUAUCGGCGAUAGCAGAAUCGAGGAUCUCAAUAGUCAUCUUCUCUAAAAACUAUGCUUCUUCCACGUGGUGCUUAGAUGAAUUGGUUGAGAUCCACACGUGUUAUAAGGAAUUGGCUCAAAUAGUGGUUCCGGUUUUCUUUAACGUACAUCCUUCGCAAGUUAAAAAACAGACCGGAGAAUUUGGUAAGGUUUUUGGAAAGACAUGCAAAGGUAAACCAGAGAAUCGGAAACUAAGAUGGAUGCAAGCUCUAGCAGCGGUAGCAAAUAUUGCUGGAUAUGAUCUUCAGAACUGGCCUGAUGAAGCUGUCAUGAUUGAGAUGGUAGCUGACGAUGUUUCGAAAAAACUUUUUAAAUCAUCGAAUGAUUUCAGUGAUAUCGUCGGGAUUGAAGCUCAUUUAGAGGCAAUGAGUUCAAUAUUGCGCUUGAAAUCUGAGAAAGCUAGAAUGGUCGGGAUUUCGGGGCCUUCAGGGAUUGGUAAGACUACCAUCGCAAAAGCUCUUUUCAGUAAACUCUCUCCCCAAUUCCACCUUCGUGCUUUCGUUACUUAUAAAAGAACCAACCAGGACGACUAUGACAUGAAGUUGUGUUGGAUAGAAAAAUUUCUGUCAGAAAUUCUUGGUCAAAAGGACUUGAAGGUUUUGGAUUUAGGUGCGGUGGAACAAAGUCUAAUGCACAAGAAAGUUCUUAUCAUUCUUGACGAUGUAGAUGAUCUUGAGCUAUUAAAGACCUUGGUGGGACAAACUGGAUGGUUCGGGUUUGGAAGCAGAAUUGUUGUGAUCACUCAGGAUAGGCAGCUUCUCAAGGCUCAUGAUAUUAACCUCAUAUAUGAGGUGGCCUUCCCAUCUGCCCAUCUUGCUCUUGAGAUUUUCUGCCAAUCUGCUUUUGGGAAAAUAUAUCCACCAUCUGAUUUUAGAGAACUCUCUGUUGAAUUUGCAUAUCUUGCCGGCAAUCUUCCUUUGGAUCUUAGGGUCUUGGGUUUGGCCAUGAAAGGAAAGCACAGGGAGGAGUGGAUAGAGAUGCUGCCUAGGCUCCGAAAUGAUUUGGACGGGAAAUUUAAGAAAACAUUGAGAAAUUACCUGCCUGUGAUACGGAAGCGCGUUUCCAAUGAAGAAGGGGGCCGUGAGAAAUUGAAAAAGGGAAAUAAAAAGUUGGAUUUGGAUGAGGAGUUUCCUGGUGGAGAAAUUUACAGUGAUGAGAUACCUUCGCCAACAUCUAACUGGAAAGAUACAGAUGACUUUGAUUCAGGGGACAUCAUUCCAAUCAUUGCAGACAAAUCUACUACUAUAAUUCCCAACAGGAGGCACUCGAACGAUGACUGGUGUUCUUUCUGUGAGUUCCUCAGAAACCGUAUACCCCCGUUGAAUCCCUUUAAAUGUAGUGCCAAUGAUGUCAUUGAUUUUCUUCGCACACGGCAGGUUUUAGGCAGCACUGAGGCUCUCGUUGACCGCCUCAUUUUCAGUAGUGAGGCAUUUGGCAUAAAACCUGAGGAAAACCCUUUUCGCAGCCAAGCUGUAACAUCGUACUUGAAGGCGGCCAGGGAUAUGACACGAGAAAAAGAAUGCAUACUUGUGUUUUCGUGCCACGACAACCUUGAUGUAGAUGAAACAUCUUUCAUUGAAGCCAUCUCAAAAGAAUUGCACAAGCAGGGGUUCAUCCCUUUGACAUAUAAUCUUUUGGGCAGAGAGAACCUCGAUGAGGAGAUGUUAUACGGAUCUAGAGUCGGUAUCAUGAUACUUUCAAGUAGUUAUGUUUCUUCUAGACAGUCCCUGGAUCACCUGGUUGCAGUUAUGGAGCAUUGGAAAACAACAGACCUUGUAAUUAUUCCUAUAUAUUUUAAAGUAAGACUUUCAGACAUUUGUGGGUUGAAAGGCAGGUUUGAAGCAGCGUUUCUGCAGCUUCAUAUGUCUCUCCAGGAAGACAGAGUUCAGAAAUGGAAGGCGGCUAUGUCUGAAAUAGUGUCCAUCGGUGGACAUGAAUGGACCAAGGGAAGUCAGUUUAUUCUUGCCGAGGAAGUUGUAAGAAAUGCAUCCUUAAGGCUAUAUCUGAAAAGUAGCAAGAAUCUGCUUGGAAUCUUAGCGUUGUUAAAUCACUCCCAGUCUACAGACGUGGAAAUUAUGGGAAUCUGGGGUAUAGCAGGAAUAGGUAAGACAUCGAUUGCAAGAGAAAUAUUUGAAUUACAUGCUCCACAUUAUGAUUUCUGUUACUUCCUGCAAGACUUUCAUCUAAUGUGUCAGAUGAAAAGGCCGAGGCAAUUGCGUGAAGAUUUUAUCUCAAAAUUGUUUGGGGAAGAAAAAGGUCUAGGUGCUAGUGAUGUAAAGCCAAGUUUCAUGAGGGACUGGUUCCAUAAAAAAACGAUUCUUCUCGUUCUUGAUGACGUGAGUAAUGCCAGAGAUGCAGAAGCUGUAAUCGGAGGGUUUGGCUGGUUUUCUCAUGGACACAGAAUCAUCUUAACCUCUAGGAGUAAACAAGUUCUUGUACAGUGUAAGGUUAAAAAGCCAUACGAGAUCCAAAAAUUAAGCGAUUUUGAAUCGUUUCGUCUCUGCAAACAAUAUUUGGAUGGCGAAAAUCCGGUCAUCUCUGAGCUUAUCAGCUGCAGUAGUGGUAUUCCAUUGGCUCUCAAACUUUUAGUUUCCUCUGUAUCAAAGCAGUAUAUAACGAAUAUGAAAGACCAUCUCCAAAGCUUGAGGAAAGAUCCUCCUACUCAGAUUCAAGAAGCAUUUCGGAGAAGUUUUGAUGGACUAGAUGAAAACGAGAAAAACAUAUUUUUGGAUCUUGCAUGUUUUUUCAGGGGGCAGAGCAAAGAUUAUGCGGUGCUAUUACUUGAUGCUUGUGGUUUUUUUACAUAUAUGGGAAUCUGUGAGCUCAUUGACGAGUCACUCAUUAGCCUUGUAGACAACAAGAUAGAGAUGCCUAUUCCUUUUCAAGACAUGGGCCGAAUUAUUGUUCAUGAAGAAGAUGAGGAUCCAUGUGAACGUAGCAGAUUGUGGGACUCGAAGGACAUCGUUGAUGUUUUGACAAACAAUUCAGGAACAGAAGCAAUUGAGGGCAUCUUCCUGGAUGCGUCUGACUUGACCUGCGAGCUUAGUCCUACUGUGUUUGGUAAGAUGUAUAAUCUUAGAUUGCUGAAGUUCUAUUGUUCAACCUCUGGGAACCAGUGCAAGCUUACUCUACCUCACGGCCUAGACACUUUGCCUGAUGAGCUAAGUCUACUUCACUGGGAGAAUUACCCUCUGGUUUACUUGCCUCAGAAAUUUAAUCCUGUGAACCUUGUAGAGUUAAACAUGCCUUAUAGCAACAUGGAGAAGUUGUGGGAAGGAAAGAAAAAUCUCGAGAAGCUAAAGAACAUCAAACUGAGUCACUCCAGAGAAUUAACUGAUAUCCUGAUGUUAUCAGAAGCCCUGAACCUGGAACACAUUGAUCUCGAAGGGUGUACGAGUCUGAUUGAUGUUAGCAUGUCUAUUCCUUGUUGUGGGAAGCUUGUUUCCUUGAAUAUGAAAGACUGUUCUCGUUUGCGAAGUCUGCCUUCUAUGGUUGAUUUAACAACUCUCAAGCUUCUUAAUUUGUCUGGCUGCUCAGAAUUUGAGGAUAUUCAGGAUUUUGCACCAAACCUGGAAGAGAUAUAUCUAGCUGGGACAUCCAUUAGAGAGCUUCCGUUGUCAAUCAGGAAUCUCACUGAACUUGUUACGCUAGAUCUGGAGAACUGCGAAAGGCUUCAGGAAAUGCCGAGUCUUCCGGUGGAAAUAAUCAGGAGAACCUGAAAAAACGCAGAAAUCACCUCUCAAUCCCUGUUCUACCAAGGGAUUGUGAUGUAAUUGUGGUAUAUUCUCGGACCGUGUAUUCUCUAUCUUAUUUCCCAAACGUUUUUGUAGAUUAGGCAAGGAAAGGAAAAAUCCUAAUUGACACAGAUUUGUUAAUAGAUUUAGAUGAUCAUUGUGUUUUAAUAAUAUUAUUGUUAUUUGUUGUAUUUUAACAGUUCUAUAAUGAUAAUUGUGAUCUCAAAAUCUCGUUUAUUAUUAGACUUUGUGUAAAUUUGAUUCUAAAGCAAACUUAG